AUGAAUCUCGAAGUUCGCGUACAAAACUUGGUGGCUCAGACUCAAACUCAAGAAAGUAGACAAAGCAUGAAUCUCGAAGUUCGUGUACAAAACUUGGUGGCUCAGACCCAAACUCUAGAAGGUAGACAAAGCAUGAAUCUCGAAGUUCGCGUACAAAACUUGGUGACUCAGACCCAAACUCAAGAAGGUAGACAAAACAUGAAUCUCGAAAUUCGCGUACAAAACUUGGUGGCUCAGACCCAAACUCAAGAAGGUAGACAAAGGAUCUUUAAUUCAAAUUUAGAUUUUCAUGCUAAAAAUUUAAUACGAGCAUAUAGAAGAAAACCCAUCAAAGGAUUCAAUUUAUUAAGAAUGAUCAUUAACAACGAAGGUCUUCAAAUAAAUGAAACAAAUGGCUGUGUUAUCAGUCAAUCUGUAAGAAGAAUAUGGGGAAAUUUUACUCCAGCUGAAAAAUCAAUUUUCAAAAACUUCGCAUCUCGAAUUCAAGAAAUAGUUAAUAUUGGAAAAUUUUAA